AUGAUUAUUUGCGAAGUGUGCUCGAAUGAGCCGUCCAAAUAUCGUUGUCCGGUAUGCAGUGCGCAAAGCUGCUCGCUUGCUUGCACCCAGGCACACAGGAUCUAUUGUACCCCCAAAGCCCGUGAGGAACACGCGCCGGAGCCGAAAGAGCAAAAUGGACUGAGUGAUACGUUACAAAAUGGCACCGCUGCAGCUACGCAUGGUGGCGUAAACGGUGGAGUUGAUUUGACUACGACGAAUCCACCCCGGAACUCCAAUUCUGCGAAGGCAACCCUCAACUUCAGCUUCAGCGAUCUACAAUCAUCCCAGGAGCUAAAGAACUUGUUCAUCCGAUAUCCCGCCCUGCGAUCCAAGCUACGAGAUAUAUACAGGCUGACGCUGGAGGAGGAAUGGGUGGAGAUAAAACAUAACAACUAUGGACGUGGGCGCGGACGUGGUCGAGGGUCAUAUGCUGGGCGGGGAGGGAAGAGCAGAGGGCCCUGGACGGAGGAGAAAGGGUUCAAUCGAGGGCUAGGAAAAGUGAAACGAUUGCGAGAGAGUUUGGAGAGCAGCAAUGGGGCUGCUGGCGGCGCUGAUGCUGAAGGGUUCUCGCAGUUCGCUUCCUUAGUCCUAGCAGCGGGCGGUGACACUGCUCCGAAAACUACGCAGUCGCAACCCGAAGGGUGA